CUAAAUACGCAGUCGGACUAUCAAAUAGCUCCUCAUUUGAGAAAGGCUCUCUCUUUUGUUCGUCGACAGAUCCCAAAGAACUUCAGGGAUUUCGUUCUCUCUUUCUUCCUUGAAUCUUCUGCUCCUUGUGUAUAUAUCGGAAAAAUGGACUCGCUUGCUUCUGCUGCAGCAAGAGAUGCUUCGGAGAUCUUUGAAAUGGGUUCAGAAAGGACUCUGUAUCCAUAUGUCACUGGCACGUCAGUAAUAGGCAUCAAAUAUAAAGAUGGAAUUCUCAUGGCUGCUGAUAUGGGAGGUUCCUAUGGAUCUACUUUGAGAUACAAGAGUGUGGAGCGAUUGAAACCUAUUGGCAAACAUUCUCUUCUUGGUGCAAGUGGGGAGAUAAGUGAUUUUCAGGAGAUCUUGCGUUAUCUCGAUGAGCUUAUCUUAUAUGAUAAUAUGUGGGAUGAUGGGAAUUCGUUGGGACCUAAAGAAGUUCACAGCUAUUUGAAUCGGGUGAUGUAUAAUAGACGUAACAAAUUUAAUCCUCUAUGGAACUCGCUUGUUCUUGGUGGGGUGAAAAACGGGCAGAAAUACCUUGGAGUGGUCAGCAUGAUUGGUGUUCAUUUUGAAGACAACCAUGUUGCGACUGGGUUCGGAAACCACCUUGCGAGGCCUAUUCUUCGUGAUGAAUGGCACGAGGACAUGACCUUUGAAGAGGCUGUUAAGCUACUGGAGAAAUGCAUGCUUGUUCUUUUGUACCGUGAUAGGUCGGCUAUCAACAAACUUCAGAUUGCUAAGAUUACAGAAGAAGGGGUUACUAUUUCGCAGCCCUAUUCCUUGAAGACAUUCUGGGGCUUUUCAGCUUUCCACAAUCCAACCAAGGGUGCAGAAGGAUCAUGGUAGAUCCUCGACCAUAUUCCUGAGCUAUUUCUCUGUCAAAGUUUCACUUUUAACAACCAGUUACCAGACUAGACAUAUUUUAGCCUGUGAUUAGAUCAAUUCUUGGAGAUGGUAAUUGCCUCCGUGUCCGAGGUUAUGGCAUUUACCAAAUUUGCCAUUGGAUGUUAGCAGGAAAUUGGUACUUCAUAUGAGUCUUUUUACUGUUUGAAAUAAUCUAUGAAGAAGUUUUCAUGCA